AUGAACAAAUAUUCUGCUGCCGAGGGCUCUCUGAGCUCCUCACAACUGGAUACCUUGCUGAAAGCCCUCAAAGCCAAGGUUGAAGAGGCUAAACCUCUUGUUCUUGAAUGCCAGUCUCUACAAAAUCCCGUUCUAGAUGGCCUAAAGAGGCUAACACUUGCUACCAAGAUUGACCACUGCUCCAAGGCGAUUCACGAGCACUUGGCUGCAGCUCCUCGAAAUCUUGUCGUUGAGCUUUUGAUGAAGAAGCAAAAAGAGGUGUCCUCUAAUGUGGUUCUAAAGGAAGAACAGCAUGUUGUUCCUUUGGAUGACCACAUUUUCGGCAUGGAAGAGACGCUGGAGCGGGUUGUAUCAGACUUGCUGGGGUCCCCUGUAAGGAGCAAGUGGGUUGGAGUCCAUGGAGCAGGAGGUGCUGGAAAAACACUCCUGGCCAAACGAGUAUGUGACAACAAUCAAAUAAAGGGACGUUUUGAUCCAGUUUUGUGGCUAACAUUUGGUCAGUCGUUUCAGGUGGAAGCAAAGCAACACGAACUUGCCAAAAAAAUCCGACUAGCUGUUCGCAGUCAACGCAUUCCCAAACCAAAAUCAUGCUCAAGUCAGCAAGGUAGUACUGGAGCAAGUUGUGGAAAAGUGUGGGGGGCUUCCACUAGUCUUGAAGGUAAUUGGCAGAAGAAUGGCAGCCACACAAGACUGGGACUAUGUUCUGAGCAAACUCAAGGAUCGGCAACUUCUUGCUCUUGAUGAGGAACAACAGGUACUGCAGCGACUCAAGCUGGGUUACGAUGCAUUGUUGCCUCUUGGCAUCCAGCAGCACUUUCUCUUCUUUGCAGCAUUUCCAGAAGACUGGCGAAUUCGAUUCUGGGAUCUGUUCAGGUGUUGGACAAGGGCUGGUUGCCAACAUAGCAGAGGCCACCAAUGUUUUAGAAAGGCUCAAGAAUCACGCACUUAUCACUGAAGAACACUGCCCAGGGGAGAAUAAGAGGUAC